GCCCCGCCGGUCACCUCCCCGCGCGGACACCAGCCCUGCAGAGCCCAUGGAGGCAGAAGACGUCGCCCGAGGGGUGGCCCCUGGGCCUCCCCGGCCUGGCCUGGUGCCCGUCAGCAUCAUUGGGGCUGAGGAUGAGGAUUUUGAGAAUGAGCUGGAGACGAACGCAGAGGAGCAAAACAGCCAGUUCCAGAGCCUGGAGCAGGUGAAGCGGCGCCCAGCCCACCUCAUGAGCCUCCUGCAACACGUGGCCCUGCAGUUUGAGCCCGGACCCCUGCUCUGCUGCCUGCACGCGGAUAUGCUGAGCUCACUGGCCCCUAAGGAAGCCAAGAAGGCCUUCCUUGACUUCUACCACAGCUUUCUGGAGAAGACCGCGGUUCUUCGGGUGCCAGUCCCUUCCACGGUUGCCUUUGAACUUGACCGCUCGAGGCCUGACCUCCUCUCCGAGGACAUGCAGCGGCAGUUCAUUCAGGAGGUGGCGCAGAGCCAGCAGGAGGCCGUCAGCCGGCAGCUAGAGGACUUCCGCUCCAAGAGGCUCAUGGGCAUGACGCCCUCGGAGCACGAGCUGGCCCAGCUGGAGGUCUGGGUGGGGCGGGACCGAGCCAGCUUCGAGGCCCGGGAGCGGCACGUGGCUGAGCGGCUGCUGGCCCAGCUGGAGGAGAUGCAGCACACCAUCUCUGCCGAUGAGGAAAAGAGUUCCGCUGUGCUCAGUGCCAUCAGUCUGUAUAUGCGCCACCUUGGGGUGCGGACCAAAAGCAUGGACAAGAAGUCGGGGAGGAACUUCUUCAGAAAAAAGGUGAUGGGGAACCGGCGGUCAGAUGAGCCAAGUAAGACCAAGAAGGGACUGAGCAGCUUCCUAGACCCGGCCCGAUGGAACCGGGGAGAGACCCCAGCCCCAGAUUUUCGACACCCUAAAGUCGAGGCUGAUGCUGAAAAAUCAGGCUUUGCAGACCGGAAGGGAGGUCUGGGGAUACCCUCCCGGGAUCGGCAUAUUGGGGUCCCUGGACAGGAUGCCCCUGGAGUUUCUUUGCACCCUUUCUCCAGCGAUAGCCCAGACAGGGAACCAGGUGCCGAUGCCACCCUGGAGCUGGGGGACCUGCCCCCCCAGGGCCCAGCGAGCCUGGAGGCGCCCACGCCCCUGGAGAGCACUGAGGAGGGUGCUGAUACAGAGAGGCUGUCGGGGCGUCUGGGGCGCUCAGAGAGCCUGCGGGUGAGUGACCGCCGCCGGACUUCCCGGGGCAGCCUCGGGGCAAAGGGCCGGGGUGGGGGCCGCUCCCGGAGCGACGUGGACAUGGACCCCAGCUCCGCCACGGCCGUGCUUGGCCCCACCCGACGAGCCACCCCUGAGCCUGGAGAUGAUGGGGAGCCAGGGAGGUCAGGACUAGAGCUGGAACCAGAAGAACCCCCUGGCUGGCGGGACCUCGUCCCCCCAGGCACCCUGCUCAGCCUGCCCAAGAGCCAGGUGAAGCGGCAGGAGGUCAUCAGCGAGCUACUGGUGACAGAGGCAGCCCACGUGCGCAUGCUGCGGGUGCUCCAUGACCUCUUCUACCAGCCCAUGGCGGAGGGGGGCUUCUUCCCGCCAGACGAGCUCCAGAACAUCUUCCCCAGCCUGGACGAGCUCAUUGAAGUGCACUCCCAUUUCCUUGAUCAGCUGAUGAAGCGGAGGCAGGAGAGUGGCUUCCUCAUUGAGGAGAUCGGAGACGUGCUGCUGGCCCGGUUUGAUGGUACCGAGGGCUCCUGGUUCCAGAAAAUCUCCUCCCGAUUCUGCAGCCGCCAAUCCUUUGCCUUAGAGCAGCUCAAAGCCAAACAGCGCAAGGAACCUCGGUUCUGCAACUUCGUGCAGGAUGCUGAGAGUCGGCCGCGGUGCCGCCGCCUGCAGCUGAAGGACAUGAUCCCCACUGAGAUGCAGCGUCUGACCAAGUACCCGCUGCUCCUGCAGAGCAUCGGGCAGAACACAGAAGAGCCUACGGAGCGGGUGAAGGUGGAGCGGGCAGCCGAGUGCUGCCGGGAUAUCCUGCACCACGUUAACCAAGCCGUACGGGACAUGGAGGACCUGCUGCGGCUCAAGGACUAUCAGCGGCGCCUGGACCUGUCCCACCUGCGGCAGAGCAGUGACCCCAUGCUGAGCGAGUUCAAGAACCUGGACAUCACCAAGAAGAAGCUGGUCCACGAGGGCCCGCUGACUUGGCGGGUGACAAAGGACAAGGCUGUGGAGGUGCACGUGCUGCUGCUGGAUGACCUGCUGCUGCUGCUCCAGCGCCAGGAUGAGCGGCUGCUGCUCAAGUCACACAGCAGGACGCUGACACCCACUCCCGACGGCAAGACCAUGCUGCGGCCAGUGCUGCGGCUCACGUCCGCCAUGACCCGCGAGGUGGCCACUGAUCACAAAGCCUUCUACGUCAUUUUCACCUGGGACCAGGAGGCCCAGAUCUACGAGCUGGUGGCGCAGACCGUGUCAGAGCGGAAGAACUGGUGCACCCUCAUCACGGAGACUGCUGGAUCCCUGAAGGUCCCCGCCCCUGCCUCCCGCCCCAAACCCCGGCCCAGCCCAAGCAGUACCCGAGAACACCUGCUCAGCAGUUCUGAGAAUGGCAAUGGCAGCCGAGAGAUACCUCCGGCUGACGCCCGGACCGAGAAAUUGCUCAGUGCCCUCCUGCCUUUCUGCAAAUCUGGACCCGAGGGCCAGCUCUCUGCCAAGGCCUAUCAGAAAGUGCUGUCCCUGAAGCGGCUCAUGGCAGAGGAAGACAAUGGGGUGGGGCCUCCCCGAGAAGGGGAAGGCGUCCCAGGGGGUGGCCCCCAGAGCUCCACCCGGACAGAGAUGCAAGAGGACCUGUUGGACCUGGAGGAGAUCAUGAAACCGUUAAUGGACAUGGAGGAGGAAUUGUGUCGCCUGCGACUCACCCUCAAGGAGUUGUUCAGUUUGUUCACUAUGCCCCAGCCCGGCUGCACCUGAGGCUUCUGCCCCAGGCAGAUCCCUCAGACCUUCCACAAGGAGAGUAAUGGAGGCAAGAGGACGUGAGGGCCGCGCCGCCACGCAGCUGCCGCCGCCUCUCCACCCCAAGGACCAGAGGAGAGCCGGCCACCAGGCCACGCCGGGCCAGCUGGAAUCACUGCCGCCCCCUCACCCCUGCCUUCUCCCCUUCUGCCUUCCGCUUGGGGGACUCAGGGCUUUGUUCUGGGGGGGCACCAAAGCACGGCCCCCUUUACGCGGGCCAUCUCAGUGUUGUCUGGGGAGACCAGACCACCCCUCCCUCCCCCCCCAAGUGCCUUUGCUCUGUUUUUAUAUCCUGGAUUUGGAGGUUUAUUUUUUAAUAUAUAUUAUGU